AUGGGCAUACAAAAUGAGGAUGACAAUUUUAUAAAAAAGUUUUUUAAUUAUUUUAAAAGGGAUACCAAGGAAGAUGGAGAACAAUACAACUCUUUAAAUAAUAAUAAAAAUAAUAAUAUGAAAAAUGAUGAAAAUAAAUUAGUAAAAAAUAGAACAUUAAAUUUUAUGAUUUCAUCCACACUAAUUUUAUGUGUACUCUAUCCCUUAGAUACUAUAAAAACAAGAAAACAAAUAUAUAAAGUUUAUAAGAAUUCUUAUCCUUAUUAUUAUAAUAAUAAAUAUAAUUUAUUUUAUAUUAUAAAAAAUGAAAAAUUAGAAAGUAUAUAUCGAGGCUUAGUAGCUAGUUUAAUUACUACAGCAAUAUCUCAUGGUAUAUUUCGAUUUAUAUAUGAUACAUUAAAUUACUAUUUUAUUGAGAAAAUAGUUAAGAUAAAUUACAAAAAAAAAAGUGAAAAUGACUUAUUAUACAAUAUAAGUAAUGACUAUAAAACUGAUAAGUCAAAAUAUGCCUACACAAUAUGCUUAAUUAAUUCAUCAGAACUAGGCGAAGAAAAAGGAGAAAAAAAAAGAGACUUACCGGAAAAUUUUAGUUCUAUGAAAACUAAUGAUAUAAGGAAAAAUAAGAAAUUUCUAAAUACUGGUUUAGAAAAUAAAAUAGAAAUAAAUGAAAAUAAUGAGGCAUCAAAUAAGUUCAAUGAUAAAAUGAGAGAUAAAAAAAACAUAAACUAUUAUCUUAUUACUAGUAGUGUUAGUUCACUAAUUAGUGUGCUUUUUCUUCAUCCGUUGUGGCUAGUUAAAACCAAAAUAGAAAGCACAAUAAACUUAAAUUAUAAAUUUAUAAAUUAUAAAAGUAGAUUAUUAGGUAAACAUUACAACUUAUUUGUCCCAAGAAAAAAAAAAAACUUUAUUAAAAUAUCAAAUAUCUUAAAACCUUUUAUGUGUGAUAGAAAAUAUAGAAUAAAUAAUAUGUCUUACAAAAAAGUUGUCUCAUUAAAUAAGAUAUUGGAAUUUUAUAAAAAUAAUUUUAUAUAUAAGAAAAAUAUAAUAACUAAAAAAAAAUACAAUUAUCUUUUAUAUAAAAAUGCAAAACAUUCUAUCUUAAAUAGAGACGUGAAAAGAAGAAUGAUACACAACUAUAUGUUAUAUAAAUAUUAUACUUUGUCAAAUUUAGAAAGAAAAGAAAUAACAAAAAAUACAAUAUCACAUCUUCGUAAAAUGUUUUAUAAAAGAUAUAUUUUAUAUUCAAAAAAUCCAAUAUCUAAUAAUAAAAUAUUACAUAUUUUUAAAAGAGAAGAAAAUAAAAAUGCCGUGACUUCAAUAUAUAGAUAUAAAAAUUAUUUUCAACUUGUUUAUGAAAUAUACAAAAAAGAAAAAUUGUUUUCAUUUUAUAAGGGGUUUUUGACAUCAAUAUUGUUAACUCCCCAUGUUGCUAUUCAAUUUUAUACAUAUGAAUAUUUAGCACAUUAUUUCAAUCAAGAAUAUAUAAAAGAUAUAUUCAGAGAUAAUAAUAUAAAUACUUCAUCAAAUGUAAUAGAUAAAUUUUUACCAUUCUUGUAUGGAGCUUUGUCAAAAUGUGUUGCUAUUAUUAUUACUUAUCCAUUGUAUACAAUAAAAAUGAGGCAACAAGUUCAAAUGAGAAAUUCGGGAUUCAUUAAAGUAUUAAUUAGCAUUUUUAAAUAUGAAGGAAUGAAAUCUUACUAUACUGGUGUCAAUAUGCAUUUAUUGAGAAACUGUUUACAAAAUGGAAUUCUUUUUUUUAUUUUCGAAUACUUAAAUAAUUCUACUCAUGAGUAA